AUGGGACAAAGUCAAAGUGUUCUUGGGGAGUGGGCUAGUGCCCAUGAAAUGAUCUGCAAAAUUCUCAGCGGCUGUUUGCUAAUUUUCAGCCUCUCCUUCAUCAUUGCAGGAGCUGCGUUGAUUUCACAAAAUGCCGGCCCCUGGGAUAUGGACCAUGAGACUUUCGAGCAGGCAACCAGUAGGCAAAGUCGUUAUGGAGGUGGGAUUGCCCUAGUCAUGUUGGGCGUGUUUUUCCUGUUCGGUGGAGUGACAUCGUUCUGCUGUUCUUUCCAACUCAAAUUUUUCCGAAAAGCCGUGGAGCCCCGUGACUACAAUCGUCCCAUCAAUGAGCAGCAGCCUUACCCCAACUACUCCAGUCAGUCGCAGCCGUAUCCGCCGAUGCCUCCGGUUCCAGCUCAACCACCUCCAUACUCGGAGUAA